AUGAAUGUAACGUCAGACGGAGUGGAGCCGAAGCUCGUUUUUGGUCGCAUUGAUAACUAUGGUUUAGGGCAGCAGACUGCUUGUGUGCCAAGACCAUCCUCUUACAUCUUCUAUUUGCUCCAGGACUGUCCACCAACGCCAGCACCCAAAAUGAGCAUGCAACUUGAAUUGAAGAAUGUGCACAUCAGAGCUGGAGAUCAGCUGAAAGUAAGGGGGGUAAUUCUGCAUGAUGCUGAGAGAUUCGAGAUCGAUCUCGGCCGUAGUGCAGACGACCUGGCACUGCACUUUAACCCUCGUUUCCAUGACGAUACUGACGGAGCCGUUCUUGUUUGCAACUCAAAGGCUGCUGGUUGUUGGGGCGAGGAGAAACGGGAAAUAAACAAGCCCCUACAGAAGGGCACUGAUGUCAAGAUGGUGUUGAAGCUGACCGGAGACAUGUUUGAAGUGGAGCUUCCUGGUGGACAUGAAGUCCAGUUUCCCAACCGUGAUGGCAUGGACAUCAUCAGCUACAUCAAAAUUGCAGGGGACUUCAAACUGACUUCCUUCAAGAUCUGCUAA